AUGACCUCAUUAGUGCCGUUAGAACGUUCUAAAAGUGGCGGUGAAGUGUUAAAAAAUCAAGUGACAAUGGGUGUGUGGAAGUCCUUAUACCGGACACCGACUCCGCCUCCGCCUCCGGUAGUGGCGGUGGAAUUCAGGUCGACUGCUGCUUACAAUCAACCCAGGAAGAGUUACCACAUGGGAUGGGCUCAGGUUGUUGAAGAGCUAUCAUGGAAAUUUAAUAAUCCCAACAACUCAACUUUAAGUGCUCUUGACAAUGACGACCAAGUGGCCCUUCAAUAUGACUCACACUCAUAUCUCAGACAAGACACUUCCAUGAUAGCUGAGGCCGACAAACGGAAACCUCGGCGACUGUAUUCCUGUUAA